CUGGAAUGUGAGGAAUUCAACUAAAGCAAACAAUGAACCUUCAGCUCUUGAAUCUAAUGAAUACAAUCUUCUGCUGGGGAAAACACACACACACACACACAAGUCGUCUGCAGCAAAAAUACUCCCACACAUGCUGGAAUUCACUGAAUGGAAUACAAAUGGUAUUAUGAGAGCGUUGUGCAAUUUAUUAGGCAGUGAACUGAUUAAAGAAAGCCGUGAAAGUUUUAUGUUAAGCUGAUUUUACCAUAUAGGUAAACACCCUUGAAUUGAUGAUUUUCAAAAAUGGUGGGUAAAGCAUUAUGAUAAAUAUAUAAAUAAGGACAUUUAUUAAUAAUAAUUGGAGAAAACAAUUCUUCUAGCAAGUAAUGCAGUUCAUUAGCCUGACUUUAGGCUGCCUAUAAUGGUGCAUUAAUAUAAAAUGUCCACACAGGUGUGUGUUUAGCACAUACGUUUUUACAAUGCGGCUCAUGCGAUCAGAAUGUAGAGUCAGAACUAUCUUUUCAUGUAAAUUUGACCGAGCCAGACAAUAGCUCUAUUUCUGUCUGGACAUUGUGAGAGUGUGUUUCCGAGCACAGCGUGUGAAAUUCAUCAGCAUGCAGUCAGAUUGGGAACUAGAGGUCUGUGGUGCCUCAUAACUGCUGUAAGAGGGCCAAUAAUUACAACAGCACUUACUGCUGAAGAACACACGGAGAACGUAUGAAGAAGCUGUGGAAGUAUUGGAGCUACAUUCAGUAGAUGUGCUUAAAAAUCUUGUGCAUUUUGCAUGUAUGUUUGUGUUUCUGUAAAUAACAGAUGCAUGUGAUUUAAAUAUGAUCUAAGUUGCCAUCUCAUGGGUGUUACGUUAUUUUUAAUAAUAAUUUUCCGACCUGCCAAGUAUGUUAACUCACAUCAUAAUAGUUGUACAGUCUGUAUUAAACUUAUUUUUUGCUCGUUUUUGAAAUCAAACCUCCUUUAAAAAAAAAAAAAAAAAAAAAAAAUUGCAUUUAGGGUCUGAUUAUUUUACAUUUAUAUUAACAAUGUGAAAACUAGCCAUCACUUUCAUUCAUAAAUAUUUUUUUUUAUUAAUUAAUAUGUAUUAAAUGUAAUAAAUAAUUUAAUAAUAAAUUAAUAUAAAUUACAAACUAUCAGACCCCAAUUGUGAUAUAUAUAGAUAGGCUAUAUAAACAUACACACAUGCAAUUUGCCAUUUUUAGCCAUUUUUAAGUCAAAUGCAAAUGUUUAAAAUGCCUGUCAUUCCCAAAACAUAACAGGCUACUAUUAAACUUAAUAUCCCAUCUGAGGUGUGAUGGAGAUGUGCAUGAAGUUUCAGAAAAAUGACAGAAUUCUCCUGUAUGUAGCCUACUAAAUAAAUGCAUUAAACUGUUGUGAAAGGUAGUCGUUUUUUUCUGUGCAUUGAGGAUUUUACGCAUUCAUAUCUCAAUUAUGAUGCAAUCACACAUGGUCAUUCAUAAGAAACUCCAAAUAUGUCCAAAAGUCAGCACAUAAUAGCAGCAGGAGUCAAACAGGAACACCACCCCCUGAUGUCAUCCGAAACCCGCAUCUUCUUCCUGGGAUUGGACUCUUUUUUGCGCAUUCCUGCCCUUUUUUCCAGAAUUCCUCAUUCUGCGGCUCCGCGAAUCAGCGACGCGCAAAUGCAAAGUUUGCGACAGUUUUGAGACGCACAGAAGCUGACCCAAAUCUGCGCUCUUGGUUUGUUUAGAAAUUCGCUUUUCCAGCCGGAUUCGGUCUCUGUUGGCGUUUGCAGAUCGCUCAGGGGGGUUGUAUGAAGGUUUGGAGAUGUCUGUGAAGUCUUUAGACGCCGUGAAGAGGAAGAUCCAGUGUCUGCAGCAGCAGGCGGAUGAUGCGCAGGACAGAGCGCAGUUUCUGCAGACGCAGCUGGACAAUGAACGAGACCUGCGGGAGAAAGCGGAGGGAGACGUGGCUGCUCUGAACCGCAGGAUCCAGCUGGUGGAGGAGGAACUGGACCGAGCUCAGGAGAGACUGGCCACCGCGCUCCAGAAACUAGAGGAGGCAGAGAAAGCGGCGGAUGAGAGCGAGAGAGGCAUAAAGGUGAUUGAGAAUCGCGCGAUGAAAGAUGAGGAGAAAAUGGAAAUUCAGGAAAUACAGCUCAAAGAAGCCAAACACAUCGCUGAGGAGGCUGACCGCAAAUAUGAAGAGGUCGCUCGGAAGCUGGUGAUUCUGGAGGGUGAACUGGAAAGAGCAGAAGAGAGAGCGGAGAUUGCAGAACUUAAAGGAGGAGAUCUGGAGGAAGAACUGAAAAACGUAACCAACAACCUCAAGUCUUUAGAAGCUCAAUCAGAUAAGUAUUCAGAGAAAGAGGAUAAGUAUGAAGACGAGAUCAAAGUUCUGACUGAUAGACUGAAAGAGGUUGAGACUCGUGCUGAGUUUGCGGAAAGGACGGUGGCCAAACUGGAAAAGACCAUCGACGACCUCGAGGAUGAAGUCUAUGCUCAGAAGCUGAAAUACAAGGCCAUUAGUGAGGAGCUGGACCAUGCGCUCAAUGAUAUGACCUCCUUAUAGAUGCUUUUAUGUGUCAGCAGUGCUUGAGCUGAACAUUAUGAGUGCUAACUGUGAUUGACAGUUCUCUCGUUCAAUCAAGCGCUGCUGCUCUGCAUAAACUAUCCUGAUUGGCUGUGCCUCUGUCUCUCUUUCUCUGCUCACCCUUUCUUCCUCACUGGUGCCUUAUGUAUUUUGCACUCUCUGAAAGUUUGAUUAUUCCUCUAAGAUUUAAUAAAGGUUUUUUUCUGCUCUUUGAACACUCUUUUGUUUCAUUUUCUUGCUUUAAAAAAAAACAUGAAAUAUUUCCUGCCUCUCUGAUCUUGAGUCUGGUCUUAAUCUUUCUCCAUCUUUCUUGCUCUUUUCAUAGAGAAACAAAAUAAUAAAGAAACACUUGUUUGUAUUAGACGUGCAAUAAUUAUAUUUAAGGUUUUAAUGAUCCUCUUUUGUGUAAUGUAAUGCUUUCAAUUACAUUUAUGCAAUUAUUUAAUGUUUUUUUUUAUUAAAAAAAAAAGUUUUGCUGCAAAAUAUUUAAAUAUAUCCAAAUAUAUAAGUAGUU